CCUUGAGAAGAAGAAGAAGAAGAAGAAGAAGCUGCAAGAAGACAACUCUCUCUCUUCAGGGAGGCGGAGCUACCAGCUAUGGAGGACGAGGCGGAGAUAUACGACGGCGUGAGAGCUCAGUUCCCUCUCUCCUUCGGCAAGCAGUCCAAGCCCCAGGCUCCCCUCGAAUCCGUCCACUCCGCCACUCGCCGCCACGGCCCCGGCCGCGCCUCCGCCUCUCCUUCCCCUUCUCUUCCCUCUGCUACCGCAGCCGCAGCGGCCGCUGGCGGCGGCAAGAGCGGCGGCCUGCCUUCCCUCUCCUCCUCCAGAGCCUGGCUCGAGGAGCUCCGCGCCGGAAACCCUAGGCCUGGCCCCGACGCUGGAACCGGCUCCCGCGGCGGCGGCGACGGCGAGGGCGGUGGUCGCGCGAUGAUAGGCCCGCCUCGCCCGCCGCCGGGACUGAUUUCCAGUGAUGAUGGCGGGGGCGAGGAGGAGGACGAUGACGAUGACGACGGGGUUAUGGUUGGCCCGCCGCCGCCGACGCCUCCUGGGAACCUUGGAGAUGGUGGUGAUGAUGAUGAGGAGGAGGAAGAGGUGAUGAUUGGGCCGCCGCGGCCACCGAUUGUGGAUUCGGACGAGGAGGAGGAAGAAGAGGAGAAUCGGUAUCGGUUACCUCUCAGCAAUGAGAUCGUGCUCAAAGGCCAUACUAAGAUUGUAUCGGCCCUUGCUGUUGACCACACCGGUUCUCGGGUUCUAUCCGGCAGUUACGAUUACUCUGUACGGAUGUACGACUUUCAAGGAAUGAAUUCUCGCCUAUCAUCAUUUAGAGAUUUGGAGCCAUCUGAAGGUCAUCAAGUCCGUAACUUAAGCUGGAGUCCGACUGCCGACCGAUUUUUGUGCGUAACUGGCUCAGCUCAAGCUAAGAUCUAUGAUCGUGACGGGCUUACGUUAGGUGAAUUUGUGAAGGGGGACAUGUAUAUUCGUGAUUUGAAAAAUACUAAGGGCCAUAUAUCUGGAUUGACUUGGGGUGAGUGGCACCCUAAAACAAAGGAGACAAUUUUAACAUCAUCGGAGGACGGAUCUCUUCGCAUAUGGGAUGUGAAUGACUUCAAAAGUCAAAAGCAGGUUAUUAAACCAAAGCUUGCAAGGCCUGGAAGAGUACCCGUGACAACAUGCACUUGGGAUCGUGAGGGGAAAUGCAUUGCAGGUGGUAUCGGAGAUGGUUCAAUACAGCUAUGGAACCUUAAGCCGGGAUGGGGAAGCAGGCCGGACAUUCAUAUCGAGAAAGCUCAUUCAGAUGAUAUAACUGGGCUUAAGUUUUCCAGUGAUGGGAAAAUUUUACUGACAAGAAGUUUCGAUGGUUCACUUAAGGUGUGGGAUUUGCGCCUUAUAAAAAAUGCCCUCAAAGUUUUUGAAGAUCUUCCAAAUCACUAUGCCCAGACAAAUAUCGCAUUUAGUCCCGACGAGCAGCUUUUCUUGACUGGAACUUCUGUUGAAAGGGAGUCCACAACUGGAGGCUUGUUGUGUUUCUUUGACCGAUCUAAACUUGAGCUGGUAUCAAGAAUUGGGAUUUCUCCUACUUGUAGUGUGGUGCAGUGUGCCUGGCACCCCAGGCUGAACCAGAUCUUUGCAACUUCUGGGGAUAAAAGCCAAGGAGGAACUCACGUUCUUUAUGAUCCAACUCUCAGCGAGAGAGGAGCUCUUGUUUGUGUUGCUCGUGCGCCAAGGAAAAAAUCUGUGGACGACUUUGAGAUAAAGCCUGUUAUUCACAACCCCCAUGCAUUGCCUUUGUUUAGGGAUCAGCCAAGCCGUAAGCGUCAACGUGAAAAGAUCCUCAAGGAUCCAUUAAAAUCCCAUAAACCAGAGCUUCCCAUGAAUGGACCUGGACAUGGCGGAAGAGUUGGUGCGAGCAAAGGAAGUUUAUUGACCCAGUAUCUUCUUAAGCAAGGAGGUAUGAUUAAGGAGACGUGGAUGGAAGAAGAUCCUAGAGAAGCUAUACUGAAGUAUGCUGACGUCGCAGAAAAAGAUCCAAAGUUCAUUGCCCCUGCGUAUGCCCAAACCCAACCUGAACCUGUAUUUGCAAAAUCUGAUUCUGAAGAUGAAGACAAAUGAUGCCCUAUCCUGUGGUGCUUCUUUUGGAUCAUUGCUGUGGUCGUCGGACACAUGAGGAAGAAAACUGGGAUAAAACUACUUAUACAUGAAGAGCCAGCAAAUAUUGCAAUAAUCUGUUGAUCAAGCUGGAGUGUCGACGAAGAAUGGGUUUUCUUUACUCAAUUAAUUUGACUGGUCUGCUGGGUUCGAACUAAUCAAGACAUCAACUCAGAGUUUAAAAGCAGGAAUUCUCUAGGAAAGAAUCUCUUGCAUUUAGCUGGCCUUUUCCAUCAUAUGAUGUGCAGUUUAUAUUAUUACAGUUAGAGAGUAAGUAAAGAGUAUCAUUUAGCUGCUCUCUUCUUCGCUCGUGGAGGCUUACUUUGCUGAGAGAUGUACCUUUAGCGACGUGAUACAUAGCGGUCCAUCGUGUUUUUGUGGUUUAAGAGACGGGAUCAAUUGUUUUGCUUCUUCAUCAGAUCAAUUAAGUUAAUGUAAACUAAGUUUUUCACUGUAAUGGAGGUAAUUUCUGCUACACAUGAUAUGCAACGAUCUGCCAAUGGGGCAUUUGACAA